AUGUGCCUUCACCGGAAACUGAACUCACAGCCUUUCAGUUCGCAGCAUGAUGAAGUAACACCAAAUGAAAUAAACACCCUUAAGGGAAGCAGUGAACUAACCACAGAUCACAAAAGGGAAUUACCCAAAAGCACAAAAAAGGAUUUUAUAAGGACUCCAAUUGUAGAAAAGCAGAUGUACUUCCCUCUUCAGAAUUAUCCAGUGAACAACAUGGUAACAGACUAUAUAUCUAUUGAUGCCAUGAAGAAAUUCCUUGGGGAGCUACAUGACUUUAUUCCUGGAAGUUCAGGAUAUUUGGCGUACCAUGUUCAAAAUGAAAUUAAUUUUUCUUCUAUAAAAAAUAAGUUGAAGAGGAAAUGUUAA